AUGCUACGAUCUCACUACAUUCCUAUCAUUAUAGCCACCUUGCGCACGCUCCCAUACAGCGUCCGUGCUGCUAUUGGGCCUAUUGCAGAUCUUCACAUUGUAAACAGGAACAUCGCGCCAGAUGGAUUUAAUCGCCCUGCAGUGCUAGCGGGCGGUAUGUUUCCGGGCCCCGUCAUCCGAGCGACGAAGGGCGAAACCUUCGAACUCAACGUGUUUAACGACCUAACGGACCCCAGAAUGGAUACUGCCACUUCAAUUCAUUGGCACGGCAUCGACCAGCGCACUACCCCUUGGGCAGACGGGCCUGCCUUCGUUACACAGUGCCCCAUAACUCCGGAACACAGCUUCCAGUAUAGGUUCAAUGCGCGCGAGCAGACGGGGACAUAUUGGUACCAUUCGCAUGUGAGGGACCAGUAUUGCGACGGACUGAGAGGCGCUCUGGUCAUAUAUGAUCCUCUCGACCCAUACCGCCAUAUGUAUGAUGUUGAUGACGAAAACACUAUCAUCACACUGGCUGAUUGGUACCACUACCUCGCCCAUGACGCUCCGCCUAUACCAUCACCCACCUCGACCCUGAUCAAUGGAUUAGGCCGAUACAACGAUGACCAAGACACACCGCUGGCGGUCGUUGGGGUAGAACGUGGAAAGACAUAUCGCUUUCGUUUGAUUUCCAUCUCGUGCGACCCGACUUGGGUGUUUUCCAUCGAUCGACAUGAUAUGACAAUCAUCGAGGCCGAUGGUAAUCCGACUCUGCCGCUGACAGUAGAUUCGCUUGCAAUAUUUGCUGGCCAGCGAUACUCUGUCGUCGUCAAGGCAAACAGGAAGAUAGACAACUACUGGAUCCGCGCGCAACCCAACACCAUACGCCCAGGCUUCGACAACGGCCGAAACUCUGCCAUACUACGCUACAAAGGCGCUCCGAUCGAGGACCCUACGGCGCCUUACGUCGAGAGCAAACGCCCAAUGAGGGAGACCGAUCUCCAUGCUCGCGAUCGCCCACGUGCACCCGGACUACCCACACCAGGCGGCGCCGACAUCAACUACACCCUGAAUGUUACCUUCGAGGAGGAGAAGGGCCUCUUCCUUGUCAACGGCGCGCCGUUCCAGCCUCCCGAUGUUCCCGUCUUGCUCCAGAUCUUAAGCGGGGCGCACCGCACGCAGGACCUGAUCCCCCACAAAAACAUCAUCCCGCUGGAAGCGAACAAAAGCGUGGAGCUCGUCAUUCCAGGCGGCGUCAUUGGUGGUGGACAUCCCGUUCACCUGCAUGGCCACUCCUUCUCUGUCGUCCGUAGCGCUAAAAAUAGCUCGUAUAACUUUGAAAACCCCGUCAGGCGGGAUGUGGUCAACAUCGGAGAAAAAGGUGACUUUGUGACGAUUCGGUUCUUUACAGAUAAUCCUGGGCCUUGGUUCUUCCACUGCCACAUAGACUGGCACCUCAACGCCGGGUUUGCUGCUGUGUUCGCAGAAGAUGUGGAAAAUGUUCCUGCAGUGGAUCCAUCUCCCGACGCGUGGAAGGAGUUGUGUCCGAUAUACUAUAACACAACGAGUGACAGAUCCAAUUGGCGCGUUGACGCGCGGCCGAAGGCCAUAGUCCAUCCAUGA